CUCUCUCUUUCCAAAAUUCAAAAUAUUUUUGUUUCAACUUUCAAUAUCCAUAAAAUGGAAGAUGAUAUGGUGGAAGUACCCCGUUUCUUCAUCUGUCCUAUUUCACUUCAGAUCAUGAAAGAUCCAGUUACCGCGGUCACCGGUAUAACAUACGACCGGGACAGCAUAGAACACUGGCUGUCCACGGCGGAGGUGGCCCAGUGUCCAGUAACCAAGCAGUCGUUAACCAAAGAUUCCGACUUGACCCCGAACCACACACUUCGUCGGCUCAUCCAAGCAUGGUGUGUCACCAAUGCUAGCUAUGGUGUUGAUCGAAUCCCAACCCCAAAAUCAGUUGUAACUAAAUCACAUGUUAUGAAACUUCUGCGUAACCUAAAGUCACCAGAGUUGUAUCUCAUCUCGCUAAACGCGUUACAUUUGAUCGCGAGCGAGAAUCAGAAGAACCGACAGUGCCUUAUCGAGUCAGGCACUACUGGUGCAAUGAUUUCUUUCAUAACGAAGUUAUGCAAAGAAACUAGCACCAGAAAGGUUGUUGGCCUCGGUCAGGCACUCAGUAUUCUCCAUCUUACUUGGCAAAAUGUCCCGGAGAAAAAAAAAUCAGCGGAAUUUAAACAAGACCAUGAUCAGUUUAUUGAUUCUUUACUAUGGGUUUUAGCGUCCGACAACAUGAUCGAAGACGAUGUUGUUGUCGAGGUCCAAACUCGAGCCAUCUCGGUGCUCGGAAUGGUCAUGGAAGUAUCAAGUACAAGUGUUUUAGAGAGACUAAAGUUUGAGUUUUUUAAGCAAACAGUGAAUGUUAUAAGGAAAAGAACAUCACCACAAGCGGUGAAAGCGGCCCUACGAAUGCUAAUCGACGUAUGCCCAUGGGGAAGGAACCGGAUGAAGAUUGUAGAAGCUGGGGCGGUUUUCGAACUAGUCGAGCUAGAGUUAAACGGGCUUGAAAAGAAUGUGUCCGAGAUAGUAUUCGGGCUAUUGGCUCAGUUGUGUUCAUGUGCUGAUGGGAGAGCACAGUUGCUAAAGCAUGCAUGUGGUAUUGCAAUGGUGGCUAAGAGAAUGUUUAGGGUUUCACCCGGAACCGAUGAUCGGGCAGUUCACAUACUUCUUUUGAUUGGAAGGUUUUCGGCUACAGAUGAAGUUGUGGCCGAGUUGUUGCGAGUUGGGGCCGUGUCGAAGCUGUGUAUGGUGCUUCAAGUGGACUAUGCACCUUAUAUAAAGAAAAAAGCAAGAGAAAUCUUAAGGUUGCAUUCUAAUGUAUGGAAUAAUUCUCCAUGUAUGCCUAUUUAUAUCCAAACUAAGUAA